AUGUCAAGUUCAUCCAUACAUUCUUCAUCUAAAAAGAUCUCAGACAUUCAAGAGAAAGACACAUGGCACCUUAAUGAUAAAAAUGGACAAGAUUCAGUGAUUUUAUACCAAUCUGAUUCUUCCUCCAAUACAAGACCUCCUAUAUUGCCUAUCUUACCUAUACAAAGAUUGCGGUUAUUAAGACAAAAGCAACAAUGGAGAAUCGGCAAAGAAUCACAAUUAUUGCGUCUUUUGCCCUCCAUAUCUUCAAACUCUAGAUCAACGUCCAUCUCAACUUCAAGAUCAAGAUCAAGAUCCAGAUCUAUAUCGAGACCACAAUCAACAAAUAUACCAGAAAAUGGCAGUGCAAAUGAUACAGUGUUAUACCAUAAAUCACAAACACCGUCACCAAUCAAGAAACUUCCUUCAAAUAUUAAAUUUGCUAAUCCUAAUCCUAAUCGUAAUGAUAAUGGUAAUGAUAAUGAUGACACCAAACAUGCUUUGACCUUGGAAUUGAAAUCAUUAAAUAAUAUUAAUCCAAUCUUAAACAACUCUCACAACAAUACAAGCAAAAAGAAAAAAUUUAAAGGUACCACAUGGUCUGGAGAUUUUGAAUACGAUUUAAAUGAUUUCUCGACUACCAGUGACAUAGUUUCACAAGAUAAACCAUCCCCUUCAAGGGAUACUAAAAUGACUCAGGACUUAUCUGAAAAUAUUAUCUUGCGAGGAUCUGACCGGAAAAAUGAUAAGCGUACAUUCACAAAUAAUAUCAAUAAAGAUGUCAACGUCAACAGUAUUACAGAUAUACAAAAAGACGUUCUAUUGAAUGGUCCAAGGAAAAUAAAAGAAAAGGAGACAACUUCUGAAUUGCCCUUACAACAAAAGAAGAAAGAAACAAUUGAAGAACCACAACUACAACAUAAUGAACAACAAAUUCUUUCAAACAAAUCUCAAGAAAAGGCUAAAAUUAUUUUACCUACAUCAGGGUUUGACUUCCUUAAGGAUUCAAACACACCUUCCAAGAAAGUAUCAUUUGAUCUCAAACCAUCUAUUGCUACCACUACCACUACUACAUCUACUACCAGUGAACCUAAGAUACCAGUCGCAACAAAACCGUUUUCUUUCAAGUCACCAUCGAUAACUGAUGCACCUUCAACAAAACCAUCUUUAUCUUUUAACUUUAACAAGUCAACAAAACCACCUAAGCUAGAACCUAUUAAAUCCAGUGAUGAUAGAACCUCAAUCAACUUACCCUUCAAGCUCAAUCAGAAAGAUACCGCACAAAAAGCAUUUACAUUUGGCGCAACUAAAACAAAUAUUCAUGAAGAUGAAAAUGCAGAUGAAAAUGAAAACGAACCAAAAAGGAAAAAACGUCCUGUACCAGAUGUUGUUAUUGACAUGACAAAAGAUACAAGUGAGAAAAAUUCGACACCUAUUUUCUCAUUCGGAACAUCGAAAUCUGCUACUACAGCCAAAGAGGACCAACAAAAAAAGCCAACUUUUAAUUUUGGUACUAAACCACCGAUUGACAACGACCCAAAGGCUGCAGUUACAACUUCUGAGCAAUCCAAGCCAUCUUUCUCUUUUGGUGCAACCAAAUCGCCAGAUGCUGCUAAACCUUCCUUUACAUUUAGCAGCUUACCAACAAAUGAUACAUCACCAUCAGUCAAACCAGCUUUUUCAUUUGGUUCAACGGCAGCUAAAAAGGAUACGACAACAGACUCUACGUCAGCAGCGGCUAAUGCGCCUUCAUUUUCGUUCGGAUCUACUCCUGCUAACAAACACUCCGCUACUACAAUAGAGAAACCAUUUUUUAGUUUUAAAUCAACAACUACUACUGCAGCUCAAACUGAACAUACUGAAAAUAAAGAGGACCAAACUAUAAGUAAAGAGAAGGAUGCUAGUCUGAAUGUUCCAUUCAAAUUUGGGACAACUUCAACUGCACCUGAAUCUAAAGAAGCAACAACAGCUGCAACAGCAAAACCAACUUUUUCAUUUGGUGUAUCAAAACCAACUGAAACACUUGCUAAUAAACCUGAAGCAAUCCCAUCUAUUUCUGAAGGACCUCCAUCCAAAAAAUUAACUUUCUCCUUCAAUAAACCUGCUGCACAUAACGCUAGUGAAGGGACUGGAUCAUCUGUGGCUAAACCAACUUUUUCGUUUGGGAAGCAAAGUACGACAGAGGGAGCAAAGCCGUCCUUUUCCUUUAGCAAGCCAACUGAAGCAAACACGGUUCCUCCCAGUGCAGCAACCACGGGUACUACAGGGUUUUCUUUUAACAAAACCACAAAUCCAUUACUUGACGCAAAUAAAGCAACUACUACCACGGUAACCCCAACAACAGGGCUAUUCUCAAGUAAAUCAAAUACAAAUCCUCUUAUUUCCACAACAACCACAUCGAAACCAAGUUUCUCAUUCAAAAAUCCGUCAUUGGCAGGUAAAAGUUCAACAGCAUCUCCAAAUUUGUCACCAUCGCCGGGAUUCGCAUUUGGUAAACCAGCAGAGGAAGCACAACAACCGACUAAACCAAGUUUUUCAUUUGGUGCUACUGCUUCCACUACGAAUAAUGAUGCAAAGAAGCUUGGUAUUAGUCUGACAAAUCCAACAGCAUCAGCGACUGGAAGUCAAACUAGCUUAUUUGGUCAAACAUCAGCACCUCCAUCCACUGCCGGUUCUACAUUCACUUUUACAAAUAAACCAUCGACCUCACCUGUAGGAGCCUUUGGAUCUAAUAAUCCUCUGCAAACCACCGCAAGUGGUACAUCCUUAUUUGGGAAUACAAAUCCUCUCAUAAGCACAAAUCAACAACCAAGUGGUUCUUUAUUUGGCAAUAAACCACCAGUAUUUGGGGGCGUAACAGCUAACCAACAACCACCAUCUUCUUCCGUCUUCGGUAACACAAAUCCUUUACAAAAUCCCACCACGGGGGCAAAGAUACCGCCAUCUUCUGCAUCUGCUUCAUCAUCAGGAAUGUUUGGUAACAUGCAACCUUCCGGAUUCUCCAUGAAUCAAAAUGCUGGAUUUGGUACAAGGCCAAACAUGAUGGGGUCAUCGGUAUUCAAUUCAAAUUUAUCUCAACAAAAUCCAUUUGGAGGUAAUGCUGCGAACCAAUUAACAAAUCAACCACAAUCACAAUCAACUUUUAACCCAUCAACCACUGCCAAUUUACAUUUUGUAGCUGGUAAUACAACGGCACUGCCGAGUUCCAUUUUUAAUAGUGGAGCUCCAAAUACACAGAGUAGUGCGCCAUUCCCACAAAGAAAAUUAGCCAGAAUGAGACAGCGUAGAUGA